GAUGAUUGAGUCCAUUAAGCACUGAUUUGGGCGGAUUUAUUCCGUGUCAAUUUUUGGCAGAUUCCAAAUGGGUACCAUCACAGAUUUCCGUCGAUUUUUCGGAAAUGUCAUUUUCUUUCGAUUCUGGAGGCUACAGAUCACGGAAUCAGGCCGAGGCUAUUCUCCACCAAUAAUGAAGUCUAUUGAUCCUAUUCUCCAUGGAUGAUAAGUCCGUUAAGCAUCGAUUUGGGACAAUUUAUUUUCGAAUGGCAUUUUCGUAAUUUCUUGGGCGAUGAAAGGCCAUUUUCUUUGGAUAUUGAAGGCUACUGAUCACGGAUUCAGCCUGAUGCUAUUCUCCAACGAUGAUUGAGUCCAUUAAGCACCGAUUUGGGCGGAUUUAUUCCGGCUCAAUUUUUGGCGGAUUCCAAAGGGGUACCAUCAAAAAUUUUGGGCGAUUUAUCUGAAAUGCCAUUUUCUUUUGAUUCUGGAGGCUACAUAUCACGGAAUCAGGACGAGGCUAUUCUCCACCGAUAAUGAAGUCUAUUGAUACUAUUCUCCACGGAUGAUAAUUUCGUUAAGCAUCGAUUUGGGCCAAUUUAUUUUCGAAUGUCAUUUUCGUAAUUUCUUGGUCGAAGAAGGACCAUUUUCUUUGGAUAUUGAAGGCUAUAGAUCACGUAUUCGGCCUGAGGCUAUUCUCCAACGAUGAUUGAGUCCAUUAAGCACCAAUUUGGGCGGAUUUAUUCCGGGUCAAUUUUUGGCAGAUUCAAAAGGGGUACCAUCAUAGAAUUCGGGCGAUUUAUCCAAAAUGCCAUUGUCUUUCGAUUCUAGAGGCUACAGAUCACGGAAUCAGGCCGAGGCUAUUCUCCACCGAUAAUGAAGUCUAUUGAUCCUAUUCUCCACGGAUGAUAAGUCCGUUACGCAUUGAUUUGGGCAAAUUUAUUUUCGAAUGGCAUUUUCGUAAUUUCUUGUGCGACGUAAGGCCAUUUUCUUUUGUUAUUGAAUGCUACAGAUCACUGAUUCGGUCUGAGGCUAUUCUCCAACGAUGAUUGAGUCCAUUAAUCACCGAUUUGGGCGUAUUUAUUUCGGGUCAAUUUUUGGCAGAUUCCAAAGGGGUACCAUCACAAAUUUCGGGCGAUUUAUCUGAAAUGCCAAUUUCUUUCGAUUCUGGAGGCUAUACUUCACGGAAUCAGGCCGAGGCUAUAAUCCACUGAUAAUGAAGUCUAUUGAUCCUAUUCUCCAAGGAUAUAAGUCCGUUAAGCAUCGAUUUGGGCCAAUUUAUUUUCGAGUGGCAUUUUCGUAAUUUCUUGGGCGACUAAAGGCCAUUUUCUUUAAAUAUUGAAUGCUAUAGAUCACGGAUUCGGCCUGAGGAUAUUCUCCAACGAUGAUUGAGUCCAUUAAGCACCGAUUUGGCCGGAUUUAUUCCGGGUCUAUUUUUGGCAGAUUCCAAAGGGGUACCAUCACAGAUUUUGUGCGAUUUAUCCGAAAUGCCAUUUUAUUUCGAUUCUGGAGGCUACAGAUCACGGAAUCAGGCCGAGGCUAUUCUUCACCGAUAAUGAAGUCUAUUGAUACUAUUCACCACGGAUGAUAAGUCCGUUAAGCAUCGAUUUGGGCCAAUUUAUUUUCGAAUGGUAUUUCGUAAUUUCAUGGGCGAUGAAAGGCCAUUUUCUUUCGAUAUUGAAUGCUACAUAUCACGGAUUCGGCCUGAGGCUAUUAUCCAACGAUGAUUGAGUCCAUUAAGCACCGAUUUGGGCGGAUUUAUUCCGGGUCAAUUUUUGGCAGAUUCCAAAGGGGUAUCAUCACAGAUUUCGGACGAUUUAUCCGAAAUGCCAUUUUCUUUCGAUUCUGGAGGCUACAGAUCACGGAAUCAGGCCGAGGCUAUUCUCCACCGAUAAUGAAGUCUAUUGAUCCUAUUCUCCACGGAUGAUAAGCCCGUUAAGCAUCGGUUUGGGACAAUUUAUUUUCGAAUGGCAUUUUCGUAAUUUCUUGGGCGAUGAAAGGCCAUUUUCUUUGGAUAUUAAAGGCUACAGAUCCCGGAUUCGGCCUGAGGCUAUUCUCCAACGAUGAUUGAGUCCAUUAAGCACCGAUUUGGGAGGAUUUAUUCUGGAUCUAUUUUUGCAGAUUCCAAAGUGAUACCAUCACAAAUUUCAGGCGAUUUAUCCGAAAUGCCAUUUUCUUUCGAUUCUGGAGGCUACAGAUCACGGAAUCAGGCCGAGGUUAUUCUCCACCGAUAAUGAAGUUUAUUGAUCCUAUUCUCCACGGAUGAUAAGUCCGUUAAGCAUCGAUUUGGGCCAAUUUAUUUUCGAAUGGCAUUUUCGUAAUUUCUUGGGCAACGAAAGGCCAUUUUCUUUGGAUAUUGAUGGCUACAGAUCACGGAUACGGCCUGAGGCUAUUCUCCAACGAAGGUUGAGUCCAUUAAGCACUGAUUUGGGCAGAUUUAUUCCGGGUCUAUUUUUGGCAGAUUCCAAAGUGAUACCAUCACAAAUUUCAGGCGAUUUAUCCGAAAUGCUAUUUUCUUUCGUUUCUGGAGGCUACAGAUCACGGAAUCAGGACGAGCCUAUUCUCCACCAAUAAUGAAUUCUAUUGAUCCUAUUCUCUACGGAUGAUAAGUCCGUUAAGCAUCGGUUUGGUAUAAUUUAUUUUCGAAUGGCAUUUUCGUAAUUUCUUACGCGAUGAAAGGCCAUUUUCUUUGGAUAUUGAAAGCUACAGAUCCCGGAUUCGGCCUGAGGCUAUUCUCCAACGACGAUUGAGUCCAUUCAGCACCGAUUUGGGCGGAUUUAUUCCGAGUCAAUUUUUGGCAGAUUCCAAAGGGGUACCAUCACAGAUUUCGGACGAUUUAUCCGAAAUGCCAUUUUCUUUCGAUUCUGGAGGCUACAGAUCACGGAAUCAGGCUGAGGCUAUUCUCCACCGAUAAUGAAGUCUAUUGAUCCUAUUCUCCACGGAUGAUAAGUCCAUUAAGCACCGAUUUGGUCCAAUUGAUUUUCGGAUGGCAUUUUCGUAAUUUCUUGGACGACGAAAGGCCAUUUUCUUUUGAUAUUGAAGGCUACAGAUCACGGAUUCGGUCUGAGGCUAUUCUCCAACGAUGAUUGAGUCCAUUAAACACUGAUUUGGGCGGAUUUAUUCUGGGUCAAUUUUUGGCAGAUUCCAAAGGGGUACUAUCACUGAUUUUGUGCGAUUUAUCCGAAAUGCCAAUUUCUUUCAAUUCUGGAGGCUACAGAUCACAAAAUCAGGCCGAGGAUAUUCUUCACUGAUAAUGAAGUCUAUUGAUCCUAUUCUCCACGGAUGAUAAUUCCGUUAAGCAUCGAUUUGGGCCAAUUUAUUUUGGAAUGGCAUUUUCGUAAUUUCUUGGGCUAUGAAAGGCCAUUUUCUUUGGAUAUUGAAGGCUACAGAUCACAAAUUCGGCCAGAGGCUUCUUCAACGAUGAUUGAGUCCAUUAAGCAUCGAUUUGGGCGGAUUUAUUCCGGGUCAAUUUUUGGCAGAUUCCAAAGGGGUACCAUCAUAGAUUUCGAGUGAUUUUUUCGAAAUGCCAUUUUCUUUCGAUUCUGGAGGCUACAGAUUACAUAAUCAUGUCGACGCUAUUCUCCGCCGAUAAUGAAGUCUAUUUAUCUAUUCUCCACGGAUGAUAAGUCCGUUGAGCACAGAUUUAGGCCAAUUUAUUUUCGGAUGGAAUUUUCGUAAUUUUUUCCGGAUGAUUCGGCCUGUGGCUAUUCUCCAACGAUGAUUGAGUCCAUUAAGCACCGAUUUGGGCGGAUUUAUUCCGGGUCAAUUUUUGGCAGAUUCCAAAGGGGUACCAUCACAGAUUUCGGACGAUUUAUCCAAAAUGCCAUUUUCUUUCGAUUCUGGAGGCUACAGAUCACAGAAUCAGGACGAGGCUAUUCUCCACCGAUAAUGAAGUCUAUUGAUCCUA